GUUUUAAUAUAAGGAGGCAAAGGGCUUGAGAGUAGGGACUGAGGAGAGGCAGGACCAGGCUGGGAGGAGAAGAACCAGUGGAUGAGCAGCAGCAGCAAUAAAUGUAUAUUUAGUCAUGGGCAACAAGUGUUUAGUAGUUGGGGAUAGGCCGGAUGGAGGAGAGGAAGGAGCAGAGGGUGAGCAGCAGCAGUGAAGAGGAAACAGUGGCGGCACUCAGGGGAAGACGAGAAGAUUCCAUAAUCCAUGCAAUAGAGGCUCUGACUCUGUGGUUGGGGGCCAUCCAUUUCAUCUUUGCUUUGGUCCUCAAGGCCUUUCUCUUCCUUUCAGUUCCCGUGGCCCUCACGAUAUUUGGGUUGCUUUUAGUUUUUACGGUGAUUCCCGUCAACGACAAAUGCAAAUUUGGGAGAAAACUGUCCAGGUAUAUCUGUGAGAAUGGUUGCAGUUAUUUUCGGGUAACUCUACAUGUGGAGGACAUAAACGCGUUCGACCCAAAUCAUAUGCCUAUGGUUUCAUGCCUCUCCCAAGAAUUAAAUUCCUCGCCAUUAGUGCUCAUGUAUGGACUUGGUUGGGUUUUACACCAGCAGCGAAGAAAAUUUUUACCUCCCUACUGGGAUCUGGUCAUAGUUGCAUCAUAGUGCCAGGUGGAGUGCAAGAGCCAUGCCUUAUGGAGCACGGUUGUGAGGUUCAAUUCUUAUAACUUUCCACUUUUAGGCUUGAUACUAUAAUACAUCGUUAGCUAUGCACACAUACAUGUAACAGCAAGCUCUUUCUGGAUAACCUGCAAGUGGAAAUCAAGUUCUAAUACAAGAAAAAAAUGUGUGGCAGGAAAGAAACAGUAACAUGAUCACCAAAAUAACAGACUAAUUAAACAAACCUUUUUUCUUUCUUUCUUUCUUUUUUGUUUUUUUUUUUCCUGAUGAGGAAACAAACCAAAUAUGCUACCAGAAGGUAGGUGAGGAACAGUCCAUGCUUAGACUGGAAAUUCAACAUUGUUCUACAAAUAUUAUUUAGUUAUUAUUCUGUUGCUGGUUCAGUUAUGUUUUCUUUGUCAUAGAUUGCCUUCCUCAAGUCCAGAAAAGGAUUUGUUCACAUAGCCAUGGAGAUGGGACGGUCGCUGGUUCCAGUUUUCUGCUUUGGUCAGGCAUAGCUUUUUCCCAAUCAGUCAAACUAGUGGUGGAAUCCUGGUGGAAAGCUGUCACUGCAAAUUUCUAGAGUUAUCAAGUUUACCCCCAUUUUCUUUUGGGAAAUCUUAGGAUCUCAUUUACCUUUACCAGCAUUCAGUGCAUGUGGUGGUGGGUAGGCCAAUUGAGAUUAAGCAAAAUCCACAACCCACUGUGGAAGAGGUGUGGAUGUUUUCUAACAUGCUGUUUCUGUUAGUAAGUUUCUUGCUCAGAACUGGUCUCCAAUUCACCCAAAGUUUGUGAACUAUUGGAAUCGGAACCUCUCUGUUUCUCAAGAGCAUAUCAAGCUAUGCUACAGGGUCUGCCUGCUUGUGUUUUUAUAAAAAGUAAUAUUAAGCAAACUGAACCUUGUGGAAAUCAACAUCUGUAUGAUUCAACAUGGGUAAGCUGUUUUUCGUUUUUAAACAAAUAUAAAUAUAUAAAUAGGCCAGAGAAUUAAGCAAUAAGUGAAAUUAUUUAGUAUCGACUUCAUUUUUAUUAAUUGUUGAGCAGGUCAGUUUGCUGAUGCACUCAAAAGAUCUCUUUGAAAGGCAGAAAGCAAGGGCUGGGCAUGCUGACCUUCAGUUGAAAAUUCUUUGAACGGAUUUUACUUGCAUUGAGCAGUUCAGUCCCUCAUCUCUUGUUGAUCCCUUUAGUGAUAUGCCUUAUCAUGGUGUAACUGCUUAGACAAGAAAUAACACCCUAAUUUUAUCCCACUACUAAGAUAAGCAGUCACAUAUAGUUAGUUGUCUUUCCUCUGCAUUUGGCUGUUGGAUAUGCUUCAAUUCUGAAUAAGAAUCCUUCCCCCAUCAUUCCCUA